AUGGACCCAUUAAACUGCUCUAGAAGCACACCUCGACAACUGAAGGUUAUGCAGGUGGAGGAUCUCGUAGAAGCGGACACCUUUCCAUUGCAUAACUCCUCGCCCCGAGGGUUUUGUCUGCCUUGUCUACGACUUGCUCUCGCUGACGAUGGUCAGAAAGUGGACGAACGCGAAUUUAAAAACUUGAACAGUGAUGGAGACAAGUCCCUGGAGGACAUUAAACAGUCUCAACAGUCAUCAACUUCAACAAUAGGUCAGAUUUACACUGACAUUCUGAAACGAACAAUUGGUUUUGGAACAAAACAAACAACCUUUCCCAAAGUGGAAGCUACUACAAAUGGCAGCGGUGGCUAUAAUGACUACGAUGAUGAUAUUAAUGUUGGAACAGAUGAAGAAGAUGCAGAAACGUAUUCUCAGGCCCACUUCACCAAGACAUCAUCAAACAACGGUCCCGCCAAUAGCAAUGGCAGUUUUGAAAGCUACCAUGCUCUAGUAGGCUAUGAAUCACAGACUACCAGCACUGCCACACCUUCGGUAGCCGCUGUCAGCAGUGUUGCCAUAGCAGCAGCUGCAGCAGCUGCAGCGGCUUCAGCAAAACAGAAACGCCAUCGUACUCGAUUUACUCCAGGUCAGCUAAACGAGUUAGAAAGAGUGUUUGCAAAAACACACUACCCAGACAUCUUUAUGCGGGAGGAGUUGGCCUUGAGAAUUGGACUUACGGAAUCGAGAGUACAGAGCGACUGGUCGGGAGGCGGGGAUGGAGUGGAGGACCAGGAUAAGCGGGGCAGUGGCGGGCUGUGGCGAAGGUGGCGGUAUGAGCAGGGUGAAGGAGGAGGCACGAGGCAGCAGAUGCUUACACCCAGGCAGAACAAUUUUGUUCUCGAGGUGAAGGCGACAGGGGGACAUGGGUAG